AUGCAGCAACCAGAUCCUGAAGGGAGAAACUAUGGCAACCAGAGUAUACCAACUAAUUUUGUUCCACUUAUGCGUGUGAAUCCUGUUUAUCCUAUGUCACUUUGGGUGCCACUCAUGCAACCAACUCCUCCAGCAACCCCUUCGUAUCCGCCAUCAUCUCAUAACGUUCAGCAACCUGCACCAGCUCGACCAGGAAAUAGAUUUGGCCAAAAUAUUCAACUGAAUGUAGAACAUGAUCCAAUUUGUGUUGAUUUUAUUGUAACAAACACAAACUUUCGCAUGCGAAUUACAUCAAAUUAUAAACGAGGAAUUUAUUUUACAGCACUAAUUCGUCUCUACAUAAGAUGCGACACUCGUGUGCUACCAUUACUAAGACUCUUUCGAUUCUUUGUUAAGGGUCCUCCACGUGUGUGUACUGUUUGUGCUAAGACUGAUCAUGAAAAACCCGCAUGUCCAAAAUUGUCUCUGCCAAGUAUCAUUACUUUGCAGGAUAUUAGCAAACAUUGGUUUGAUGUACUUUCACGACUUUGUCGAAAAAUUACAGGUAUGAUUACUCGACAGAUUGUCAAAGUUGGCCUCCUUUAUCAGUUAAGAUUAUUUGUAGAUGAAAGUCAAAUGGCCAAUGAAGAUGUAGAACAGCGAGAAAAAAUAUUAACUUGUCUUGAAAAAGAAUUUCAAAAAUUAUACCCCGGUUGUCGUGUACAUUCGACGGGUUCAUUCAAGAAUGGUUUCGGUUUCCAACAUAGUGAUCUCGAUGUUUGUAUUGAAUUGGAAAUGAACAACAAUGAAUCCAGUAUCCAAAUUUUGGAAAACUUAGCUCAAUGUCUUCAAUCAAAUGAACCUUUGUUCAGAAUUAUUGAAAUAGUGCGCAAUGCUCGGGUACCAAUCGUUCGAUUAGUACACAUUGAAUCUGAUAUUGAAGUUGAUAUUUCUGUGAACAACCUCCUUCCAAUUGAAAAUACUCGACUAUUGAAAAUGUAUUCCGACAUUGAUCCACGUGUUCGUGAAUUAGGAUUCGUUGUAAAAACUUUAGCAAAAAAUGAAGUAUGGAAGGACUAUGGUUUGAAUAAAUUAUCAUCAGGUGAAUUAUGGAUUGAAUUUCUACGCUAUUACACAGAAAUAUUCGAUUAUGACAAGAAUAUUGUUACUAUUCGACAAAUCCAACCAUUACCACGUUCAGAAAAAGGAUGGUUUCAUCCAACUAUUGCUAUUGAAGAUCCAUUUAUCUUAACUCAUGAUUUAACUGAAAAACUAUCCUUAAGAAAUUGGUUUCAUAUUCAUCGCGUGUUUCUUCAUGCUCGAAAUCGAUUUGGCCUACAAUCAUACAAUGACACUAUCGAUAUCAAUGAAUCAAAUAUUGAGCAAUUAGAGCAAUAUGAUAUGAUAGCAAGUCAAAAGUUCAUUUUGAUUAAUAUUUGCACUAUAUUUGGUAUCGUUAACUUUGGUGAGUUACCACCAAUAGAUAUAGCAGACUUGAAUCUUUAUUAA